UCCUCUGCUGUCGCUCUGACACAGACGCAGACACUCACACAGAGGGAGGAAGAUAACUCUGUGAUUCCACUGCUGAAUUUUUAAAGCUGUUGUGGAACUCUUUUUUUCCAGGCGGGUUACUGUGGCACCGGGGUACUGUUACACGGACGGAGGCAGACACAGAGACAGGGUUCAGUUCAGCUCUGUUGUUUACAGAGGCUGGACAGAAACAAACCCGGGCAGUUCAUGGUGUGUGCGGCUCAUCUGGUCCUGAUGUCCUUACCGUAAAAAAAACAUGACCCUCAACACUCAGAGAGAGAAGCAGCCCCUGCGGCGGCGAGGCAGCACCCCGAUCCCUCCAACUCACUUCCAUCGGCAACCGUCCUGGACCCGAGACCACCAACUCACCGGCAGCACCAAGCACGACCCUGAUCAGCCCCACCCCCAGCGCAGUCACCCUCCCCUUGGACAAUCUGCGUCCUACCACCCUGGAGACAAGUCCCUCCACUACCUCGCCGAGUGGAGCUCAGACUCGGAAGACGACUCGCUGAGCGACUCGGACUGUGUUUACAGAGUGGUGUUGUUAGGCGACCACGGUGUCGGAAAGACGAGCCUCGCAGGGAUCUUCGCUGGUGUCACAGAGAAAGAGGAACAACCUGGAGAGGAAACAUACAAGCGGACGUUGACAGUAGAUGGAGAGGAAACCACCCUAAUCGUCAUGGACAACUGGGUGAACGACAGACUGGAGGGAGAGGACGCCUCCUGUCAGGACAACUGUCUGAAAGUUGGGAGUGCGUACGUCAUUGUUUAUUCCGUCACUGACCGAACCAGCUUCGAUUCGGCCUCUGAGCUCCGCAUCACGCUUCGACGAGCUCGCCAGGCUGAAAACCUUCCUAUCAUCCUCGUGGGCAACAAGAGUGACUUGGUGCGAUCCAGGGAAGUUGCUAUUGAAGAGGGCCGAGCGUGUGCCGUGGUGUUUGACUGUAAGUUCAUUGAGACGUCGGCGUCUUUGCAGCACAACGUCUCAGAGCUCUUUGAGGGUGUGGUCCGACAGAUCCGUCUCCGUCGGGACGGCAGCGAGGCCAUCCAGCGCAGACGCUCCGUCUACAAACGCAAAGAGAGUCUAACGCAGAAGGCUCGGCGCUUCCUGGAUCGACUCGUAGCGAGAAACAACCAACGCAUGGCGGCCAAAGUGCGGUCAAAGAGCUGCCACGACCUGGCCGUCCUCUGAGGACACCAGGAGCGACACGUUGGAGUUCUUUCUGGUCAUGAUCUCGUGGACGAUGCUUUCUGAGGUUUUUCUCUCGCUGAGAAAAUGGACAACUAACGUUUUUAGCUGUAAAAGGAGUUAGCCAACAGCAUCACUGCGACGGUGUGUACAACUUCCUUUUUGACCAUUUGGUCGACAAACUUCUGUGACUUUUUCUAAAGAUGAAAAACUACAAACUCACUGAAAGAAUCAUCACUGUACAUUUAACGGUGCAACAAGUGUUCAGUAUGUGUGUGUGUGUGUGUGUGUGUGUUUGUAAAGACCUGACUGUUCAGGUUGUCAUGUACUUUUUUCCAAGUUUUCUACCGUUCUCAGUUCAGCAUUGUACAAAAUAAAGUCUUAAAGGAA